AUGGCGAAAUACAUAUAUAUAGUGGACGAACAUAUGCUAAUAGGACUGAAGUACGUCGAAAAACAAGAAAAACAAGCAGAAAUCAGCUCAGAACUUUCGGAUAUUGUAAGUCUACUCGCGGAAUUUCCGGAGCUUCAGGUAGGCAUUGAAUGCUCGGUGAAAGAAGACGACUUACAAGGCGAGUAUGACAAGCGCAAGGCGUUUGAAAACGACUUUUAUUCAAUUAUUUCAAAAGUGCAAGGUCUUGUCAAGGAAAAUAGUACAGAUAAUGUAGGUUCAGCUUCGGUUUCCAAUCCAGAAAAUAGCAGAUUCCCUAGCUCAUCAGAAGUACGAUUACCGGCCCUAAAUCUGCCAAUAUAUUCAGGAGAGGCAGGUGAAUGGCUCCAGUUUCGCGAUAGCUUUGAUAGCUUGAUAAAUAGCAACCUUUCCAUUAGCAAUGUAAAGAAAUUUCACUAUCUAAAGAGAGCUUUGAAGGGUGAAGCGUUUGAAGUUAUCGCCAAUAUCCAGGUCACACAUGACAAUCUUCCGAUAGCUUGGGAUUUAUUGUGUGACCAAUAUACUGACAAGAGGGCAUUGUUGCAUGUACAUACCAAGGCCUUAUUCGAUAUCCAUCCUGUAAAAAAGGAAUAUUCAAAGAGUUUAAGCCACUUGGUAGAUCAUGUGAGGAUGCACUUAAGGUCUUUAAAGUCAUUAGGACAGUCUACAGAAUCAUGGGAUACUUUAAUUAUAUAUUUGGUAUUCACUAAACUUGAUCCAGUGACAAUUAGAGAAUGGGAAUCAAAGGAUUUCAUGAAUGAUACUCCUAAGUUGGAAGGUUUUCUCACAUUUUUGAAACAAAAGUCAAAAAUGCUCAAAAGAAUGGAGGAAAAACCUACAGAGGCAAAUUCAAGCCAAAACGUAAAGGAACAAACUUCUAAACCACCAGCAGAGUCUAGUAAUAGAUCUAAUUCUCAUGUUCAGAGAAGUUAUCACAUCUCAAAUCGUACUUGUGCAUAA